AAAUGGCGGAUCCAAUGUAGUGAGCAUUGGCAGUGAGGGGUGAAAGAGGGGAGGAAAUGGGAACUGGACGUACAGUGAGGCACUGACACCGGUGGGCAAAACGGAGAGGAAUUAAAGUGAGAGUAAAGACGAUCCAACUGAAAAACCAUUAUUCGACAUCAAAGCUGGCUUUCCAGAUAGCAAGCAACACGUCCUACCGGGGCAAGGGGCAAAUGACAAAAGGUGAGGUGGGAAUUGUACUCUUGCUUAGCUAACGUUAGUUGUCAGAAGCUAGUUUGAUCAAUUGGACUUGAUUUAUCUAGCCGUGAGCUAGGUCGUUAUGGAACUAGCUAGCUAACAUUUGAUUUAUGAACAGCUCGAUUGCUAACUUGGCUAGCUAGAAUGUAAGCUAGCUAACGUUAACAAUAUGGAGAUGUUCAAAUAUUGCCAUUUCUAAUUCAAAUUGUGGUUGCAAUGGUGUGCAGACAUUCAGUCUCGGUCAUGCAAUCAAUCACAUGCACUAGUUAGCUGGUAAUUACAGUGAGGGAUCACAAGCUACCUAGUAAGUUAGCUUGCUUGCCAUUUGGUCUUUGAAAUUGUAAAAUAGUUGUAAGUUGGUCACAACGUUUGUUAUUCAAACUAUUGUAGCCAUUUUCUGAUAUUACAUUAUUAAUUUGGGAAUUACGUUUGCCAAGUUGUUGCUGUGUAAAAUGUAUUUUAGACAGGCAAGCGAUAGUCGAACUACAAUGUAGCUAGCUGUCAAAACAAAAGUAACGAAGUGACACGGAUACAGUUCAGUUGCCUUGACUGAAUUCAGCUUGCUUUUCUUUCUCAAAUACUGAUGACCAGUUUUGUUUAGUAUGCAACUCUUCUCUAGGACACGUAUACUUUACUUUAAUAACAAACCUGAUUCCAGCUAGGCUAGUCUUCAGUUGAACUUCGACCUUCUAAUUUUAGACUUUUAACCUACCAGGUACUUACACGUUUCAGUAAAGGAGGGCGUAAAAAGGAGGUUAACGUAUCAAAUGGCUCUGUUCGUGACAGUGAGCAACAAUUCCCUCCCAUUCCUUAUUUUCUCCCACCCCCUUUGUCAUCCUGCAAACUUUCUGAUGUGUUGAAAGAGAUACUGGGAGAACUAGACAGCUCUGCUUCAGGUACUGUAGAACAAUACUUUUUACACCUUUUGGCGCCUCCUUUCAAGCCUGACUUUCUCCUUUGUCUUUUCUGUAACUUGUAUCUUACAAUGCUACCAUAGAUUGUGAAGUUAUUGCCCUCUCCCUCUUUUAAUUCCCUCUUUGAUGUUUCUAUCAACAAGUCUAUGCUGUCUAUUCCUCUGUCCUCGAACCCUGAAACCUCUAGUGCAGUACCUCCUUUUUUUUCUCUUUCUUUGCAUUUUUCCCUCAACUGCUCCAUUCCCUCGUUCACUCACCCUAUAACUGUCUAGUGUUGCAAUCCUACCAUGUCUAGGCUACGUGUUUGAAGUCGUGUGUUUCUGAUGUAAUGUUAACAUUGUGUGUGGUAGUGAGUGUCAGCUGGAAUAGAUUUACUGUAGCUCUUGGUGUCCCAUGGUGAGAUGGGUAGAUUAGCCUCUGUUGAAUUUGUUGCCGUUUUGAGCACCCAGGAAAUGAGAGGUGAACCAAUUAGCUCUCUGAUAUACAUUUCCUGAAAGUCUAAAGUAAAUGUAGUCCUUUAGGGAGAGGCGUUGAGCCAUGAGGUCUUGCUGUUCAUUUGAGCAAUAUGAGAUGGAAUGGAGUUCCAUGCAAUAAUGGCUCUAUAUAAUACUGUACGCUUUCUUGAAUUUGUUCUGGGGACUGUGAAAAGACCCCUGGUGGCAUUUCUGGUGGGGUAAGUGUGUCAGAGCUGUGAAAAGACCCCUGGUGGCAUGUCUGAUGGGGUAAGUGUGUCAGAGCUGUGAAAAGACCCCUGGUGGCAUGUCUGGUGGGGUUAGUGUGUCAGAGCUGUGAAAAGACCCCUGGUGGCAUGUUUGGUGGGGUAAGUGUGUCAGAGCUGUGUGUAAGUUGACUACGCAAACAAUUUGGGAUUUUCAACACAUGUUUCUUAUAAAAAGAAAAGUGAUGCAGUCAGUCUAUCCUCAACUCUUAGCCAAGAGAGACUGGCAUGCAUAGUAUUUAUAACAGCCCUCUGAAUACAAUGAAGAGCAAGACGUGCCGCUCUGUUCUGGGCCAGCUGCAGAUAAACUAGGUCUUUCCUUGCAGCACUCGACCACAUGACUGGACAAUAAUCAAGAUAAGACAAAACUAGAGCCUGCAGGACUUGCUUUUUGGAAGUUGGUGUCAAAAAAGCAGAGCAUCUCUUUAUUACGACAGACCUCUCCCCAUCUUUACUUCCAUUGAAUCUAUAUGUUUUGACCAUGACAGUUUGCAAUCUAAGGUAACGCCAAGUAAUUUAGUCUCCUCAACUUGUUCAACAGCCACACCAUUCAUUACCAGAUUCAGCUGAAAAAAAAGAAGAAAAAAAAGGUAUAGAACUUGUAUUGUACCAAAUACAACGCUCUUAGUUUUAGAGAUGUUCAGGACCAGUUUAUUACUGGCCACCCAUUCCAAAACAGACUGCAACUCUUUGUUAAGGGUUUCAGUGACUUCAUUUGCUGUGGUUGCAGAUGUGUAUAUGGUUGAAUCAUUGUUUAAUGCCACUGGCAGGUCAUUGUUAAAAAUCGAAAAGAGUAGAGGGCCUAGUGAGCUGCCCUGCAGUACACCACACUUUACAUGUUUGACAUUAGAGAAGCUUCCAUUAAAGAAAACCCUUUUGAGUUCUAUUAGAUGGCUCAGAAUCCACGAUAUGGCAGAGGUUGAAAAGCCAUAACACAUACGUUUUUUCAACAACAGGUUAUGGUCAAUAAUAUCAAAAGCUGCACUGAAAUCUAACAGUACAGCUCCCACAAUCUUCUUAUUAUCAAUUUCUUUCAACCAAUCAGUAAUUUGUGUCAGUGCAGUACAUGUUGAGUGCCCUUCUCUAUAAGCAUGCUGAAAGUCUGUUAAUUUGUUUUACAGAGAAAUAGCGUUGUAUUUGGUCAAACACAAUUCUUUACAACCGUUUGCUAAGAGCUGGCAGCAAGCUUAUAGGUCUGCUGUUGAUGUGUAUUUUUAAUGGAUUAUCAGAUAAAAUUGAGUUAAUCAUGAACAUAUAGUUAACAUUCUUUGUGGCUAACUGAAUUGGGCCGUUUGUUUUUGUCUCUCUCUUCAAACACAGUGAAGGGUUGAAUAGAGUUUGGGCUAGACCUUUGUCUCCUUGGUGUCUUCUUGAUUUGAUUACAGCUUGAGGUUUGUGUAAUUUAGGGCCUUGUCAUGUUUAAACUAAACAUGAGUGUGUGUGCAAGACAGGGGAGCGGGUGAUUGGUUGGAGUAAUAGUUCAGCCGUCCUUUGGGACAAAGGAAGUGGGCGGAGCAAUAAAAGAGCGGGAAAACUGAAGAGGACUAUAUAAGAUGGAGGGAGACCCUCUUAAGUGUGUGUGCCCCUCUGCAGACGGGUAUCGGCUUUGUUGAAAACUUUAAUAAAGUCAUUUCUUGAUGCAACAAAAACUCUGUAAGACCGUAUUUGUAAUAAAGUAUGGUGGUUAUUUUCCACAACACUGUUAGAACCAGUAAAGGCUGCUUUACCACUCUUGGGUAGCGGAAUUACUUUGGCUUCCCUCCAGGCCUGAGGACAAAGACUUUCCUCUAGACUCAGAUUAAAGAUAUGACAGAUAGGAGUGGCUAUAGAGUCAGCUACCAUCCUCAGUAGCUUUCCAUCUAAGUUGUCAAUGCCAGGAGGUUUGCCAUUAUUGAUCGUUAACAAUUAUUUUUCCACCUCUCCCACACUAACUUUACAAAAUUAAAACUUGCAAUGAUUUUCUUUCAUUAUUUGUUUUUUUUAUGCAUGAAUAUGAAGACUCACUGUUCGCUCACUGUAGCUAAGUAUCUCAAUAGUCCUUUCGUAAACACUUAGAUUAGAGUGGUUAACGCUAGAGGCACACUACUAGACCGCUUCAGCUAACACCUGAUAUAAUUCACAACUAUCCAUGAUGUCGAUGCUAUCCAUCUGGUAAGGCUGGCUGCAAUCAGUCACUAAAAAGCUACAUAGUUUAAUGCAACUUCAUAUCCAAAUUCGGGAAAAUGCAAAGUAUGGAUGGCAAUGUUUUGUUUUGUUGGGGACUCCCCCUCUAGCGUUCUUCCUUCUUUACUUCUUACAGGGAACAACCGAACUGUGACCAAUCAGCACGGCUUUGAAUGUUGCUAGGUUUCUUGUGGGCGUGGUUUUGCACCAAGUUUGGCGUGAAUAAAAAGGACGCACCUGUUCGCCCGUGUUUCUCUGUUUGUUAGAUAGUGUUCUCUGUACCUGUUUCCCCCAUGUCUCUCUGUCUGCUAUAUACUGUGUUCUCAGUACCUGUUCUCCCAUGUCUCUGUCUGCUAUAUACUGUGUUCUCAGUACCUGUUCCCCCAUGUCUCUCUGUCUGCUAUAUACUGUGUUCUCAGUACCUGUUCCCCCAUGUCUCUCUGUCUGCUAUAUACUGUGUUCUUAGUACCUGUUCCCCCAUGUCUCUGUCUGCUAUAUACUGUGUUCUCAGUACCUGUUCCCCCAUGUCUCUCUGUCUGCUAUAUACUGUGUUCUUAGUACCUGUUCCCCCAUGUCUCUCUGUCUGCUAUAUACUGUGUUCUCAGUACCUGUUCCCCCAUGUCUCUCUGUCUGCUAUAUACUGUGUUCUUAGUACCUGUUCCCCCAUGUCUCUGUCUGCUAUAUACUGUGUUCUCAGUACCUGUUCCCCCAUGUCUCUCUGUCCUCCUGCUGUAGGCCUAUAGCUUGUUGUAAAAUAUCAGGGUAUUUCAGGAUGUACCCUAGGCUAGUCUGGUGAUGAUGUGGUCAGGACCUGGACCUGUUGAAAGGAUUAUCUUGGAUGCACUAAAUAGUAAAACUCUGAUCCCAGGUCUGCAAGAUAGUUGACCAUGUUUUCUGUGAUAUCUAGGCCUUAUUUGAUGGAAUUGGACUUUGUCAUUUCAGCACAUUUUCAGUAAUUUGAAAGCUGUCCAAAUAUGAUCCCUGACCUGGUUAUGAAGCUUGGAUAUUAUUUGGUCAGCUUGUUGCUAUUGAAAUGUUAACUCCACACGUAUUUACAACAUUCUAAAACCAAAUAGAAAAGGUGCCACGUUUGUGUGAGCUGUGAGGGGAAAGCUUGAGUUCUUUUUAAAUCUUCAGCAUAUUGCUUUUGUGCAGUGCUCUCUUCUCAAAAACCCAUUUAUUAGAGCGAUUGGUUCAUCAAGAACUGUCAUAAUACUUGACUGAAUAAUAGUGAAUCAUGACUCGGCUAGCCUAUUUCUUCACUUUUAAAGCAAGACGAACCAACUUUAACAGCUAAUAUGUACCGGUUGUGCUACACGUGUUCUCAGCCUAUCAUACCAUCUGGUAUGUUGGUGUAUGACCUCAUGUGAUCAGUUAUUGACAACAAACCCUGUUCAAACAGAAAUACUUUUUAAAAAAUCGAUCUGAAUGAAACUUUUUAAACUUUUAAAAUCUAUGCCAAUAAUCAGUGUGAUAUAGACCCAGUCAGCCAGGAGCUGAGGAUUGGGAUUUAUGAAGCUACCUAAGACUAUUGAGAAGCACCCCAAGUCGAUCCACUGAAAUAGUGCACAUUCAAUCCCUCUGGUCCCUAAAUCUGUCCCGGCAGGCAGACAGGCAGGCAGGCAGGCAGGCAGGCAGGCAGACAGGCAGACAGGCAGGCAGACAGGCAGACAGGCAGACAGGCAGACAGACAGGCAGGCAGGCAGGCAGGCGGCAGGACAGGCAGGCAGACAGGCAGGCAGACAGGCAGGCAGACAGGCAGGCAGACAGGCAGGCAGACAGGCAGACAGGCAGGCAGACAGACUGACUGUCCAUAUGCAGGUUUAAUAUAUUGUUAGGGGGAUUCUUGGGCAGGAAACUGUUUCCAUUUUUUGUGAAAUUGGGUCUGCAUCCCAAAUUGUACCCUAUUCCCUAUUAUGUGCACUCCUUUUAGACCAGGGCCCAAAGAUUCACUAUAGGGGAUGGGGUGCUUUUUGGGCGCUCCCAGGGUUUGGUGGCAGCAGCAGGUUGGUGUUUAUAAAUGGAAGUGUGUCGUGAAUCUUAACGAUGUAAACAAUCUGGUUUCUGCUCAUCUGGAGAAACCUGCCGGUGGUGAUCCAUAACGAGAGGUCCUGCAGUGUCUGUGUCCCAAAUGGCAACCUGUUCCCUAUAUAGUGUACUACCUCUGACCUGGGUCCAUAGGGGACCAUAGGACUCUGGUCAAAAGUAGUGCCAUCUGGGGAAACAUACCAUUUGGGACCCGCACAGUGUGUGUUUUUGUCUUUCCCAGAAGGCUGAAACUGCUAGCGCUUUCGUGCUGUGUUUGUUUCCAUCAACAGAGACCAUAUGAGAGGGUCCAAUUGUGAUAUUCAUUAAGGGCUGUGUAUUAGCUUCGAGUGUGAUCAAAUUUGAUUUGUCACAUGCGCCGAAUACAACAGGUGUAGACCUUGGCGUGAAAUGCUUCCUUCAGUCAGGACUACUGUUGCUACGGAUGCUGGCAGGUGUACACUAUAUUACCAAAAGUAUGUGGACACCUGCUCGUCGAACAUCUCAUUCCAAAAUCAUGGGCAUUAAUAUGGAGUUGGUCCCCCCUUUGCUACUAUAACAGCCUCCACUCUUAUGGGAAGGCUUUCCACUAGAUGUUGGAACAUUGCUGCGGGGACUUGCUUCCAUUCAGCGUCGAGCAUCAGUGAGUUCGGCACUGAUGUUGGGCGAUUAGGCCUGGCUCGCAGUUGGUGUUCCAAUUAAUCCCAAAGGUGUUAGAUGGGGUUGAGGUCAGGGCUCUGUGCAGGCCAGUCAAGUUCUUCCACACCGAUCUCGACAAACCAUUUCUGUAUGGACCUUGCUUUUUGCACAGGGGCAUUCUCAUGCUGAAACAGGAAAGGGCCUUCCUCAAACGGUUGCCACAAAGUUGGAAGCACAGAAUUGUUAAGUGCCUUGCUCAAGGGCACAUCGACAGAUUUUUCACCUAGUCGGCUUGGGGAUUAGAACCAGCGACGCUCUUAACCACAAAGCUACCUGCCGCCCCAUCUAGAAUGUCAUUGUAUUCUGUAGCAUUAAGAUUUCCCUUCACUGGAACUAAGGGGCCUAGCCCGAACCAUGAAAAACAGCCCCAGACCAUUAUUCCUCCUCCACCAAAAUUUACAGUUGGCACUAUGCAUUCGGGCAGGUAGCGUUCUCCUGGCAUCCGCCAAACCCAGAUUAGUCUGUUGGACUGCCAGAUGGUGAAGCGUGAUUAAUCACUCCAGAGAACGCGUUUCCACUGCUCCAGAGUCCAAUGGAGCUUUACACCACUCCAGCCGACGCUUGGCAUUGCGCAUGCUUAUCUUAGGCUUGUGUGCGGCUGCUCGGCCAUGGAAACCCAUUACAUGAAGCUCUCAAUGAACAGUUCUUGUGCUGACGUUGCUUCCAGAGGCAGUUUGGAAGUGAGUGCUUACGCGCUUCAGCACUCGGUGGUCCUGUUCUGCGAGCUUGUGUGGCCUACCACUUCGCAGCUGAGCCGUUGUUGCUCAUAGAUGUUUCCACUUCACAAUAACAGCACUUACAGUUGGCCCGGGGGCAGCUCUAGCAGGGCAGAAAUUUGACAAACUGACUUGUUGGAAAGGUGGCAUCCUAUGACGGUGCCACGUUGAAAGUCACUCAGCUCUUUAGUAAGGACAUUCUACUGCCAAUGUUUGUCUAUGGAGAUUGCAUGGCGGUGUGCUCGAUUUUAUACACCUGUCAGCAACAGGUGUGUCUGAAAUAGCCGAAACCACUAAUUUGAAGGGGUGUCCACAUAUGUUUGUUAUCCCAGAGGCUCCCUGUGGAGCUGGGUGGAUACAUUUAAAUCAUUUGAAUAUGACAGAGGGAUCCUUUGGUUACUGUCCAGUUAACAGGCUUUUAAAAAUCUCCAUUAAAUAGAAAAGGUUGGUGUUAGCCUAAGUGUCUGGACAUUAGGUCUACAAUUGGGUUUAACACCAAACGCUACAACGACAGUCUGCAGAAGUGCUUUAGCUUUAAUAUGUGCUGACAGGAUGUCCUGUUCCUCUGUGAUACUCAGGCUGAUGGGUCCUGUUCCUCUGUGAUACUCCGGCUGAUGGGUCCUGUUCCUCUGUGAAACUCAGGUUGAUGGGUACAUAAUAUGGUAAUACAUUCAGCUGUACACUGAUCCUAAUAAAGGUAGUGAAAAUUAAGCUAUUCCAGUACUGAACCUCACAGCUUGAUUCAUAAGCACGGACCCUGAACAGAGUUUAACAUCUUGAUUCAUAGGCUCAACACACACAAUCGUUUUAUGGUGACACUGGUGCGCAAUGAUGAGGCAACAGCCACAAGAUUUGUGGUUCGACCAUCCCCUACUGAACAGUUUGGGUCGUGUUCUGAUUCUGCUCAAUGAUACAGUUGGCAAUUUCUAGAUAAUAGAAAACUCCAGUAAUAACCUAAUCUGUCAAGAAAUACACUGUUUUUGUGAUCAUAUAGUGCUUGUUUUUUUCAGACUGUUUCACUGAUAGCAAAAAAUGAGAACUGAAAUGUACUAAACUGAUGCUAACACACUUUGUUGUUCUCUCUCUCCUCUGUUUCAGGGUGAUGGCAGAGGGAUAACUGACUCUCAGCCCCUCCACCCCUACGUGACCCUGUUUCUCCUUUUUUUUUAUCUGAUCCAAACACCCCUCUCCUCUCCCCCUGUUUUUCUCAAUUUCCUCUCGCCUCAACUCACUCUCCUGCCCCACUGUUUCAUGGAGGAGAGCCAAACCAAUACAACAACACACUGGGUUAAUACACACGUCUCCAUCCAUCUGUCUCUGCAAUAGAGGUUCUGGAUCAUUCUCCUGUCAUGUUAUCCGUCACACUCAAUGAUUGGAUGAGCAGUAAGGAUCAUGUGAUCGGACCUCUGUUCUCUCCACCCUUAUUGGACGUUUUCUCAUUUUUGUGAUUGGUUUGGACCCUAUUGGCUGUUGUCAUUUCAACACUGUCCCCCCCCCCUCCGCUGUUUUCUUCUCCUCACGGUAGUCCAUCCUCUGAUGUCAUUGGGCCAUGGUUCGCAAGAGAGGUUCCCUUAUCUUGUGUGGAGCUUUCCUAUUCGUCGCUUGCAAUGGCUUGCUUCUCCUUUUCCUUUGGGGACGGCCUCCCAUUGGUCGAUUUGGGGAAGUGGGAGGGGCUGAGCCAGGGGGAAGGGAAGAAUGGGGAGUGGCCAAAAGAAAAGGGGGUGGGACUAAUCUGGCUGGCGAGGUGAUCCGAUUGGCAGAGGAGAUAGAAUCGGAACUCGAGACCCAGAAGAAACUUCUGAAGCAGAUCCAGAGUCACAGGUCACUAUGGGAAAAGAGGAAAGAGAUGGGAAAAAGAGAGACGGAUGGAGGGAAAAUAGAAGAGAAAGGGAAACACAAACCGUCGCCACGGUUACCUCCAAAGGACGGCUCUGAAAACAAGGACCAAAGUCAAGAAAGAAUUACACAGGAAUUUGUUGCAGCAGUCCCAGAUCCUAAAGUAGACACAAAACCGGACAAUGACAUAAAAGAACUGACCAACCGCACCAAAUUGGAUGUAUCUGUCACCAUCCCACAAGUUGUCAUUCCCAUAUUGGUUAUCGCCUGUGACAGGGUGACUGUGAAAAGGAGUCUUGACAAAUUGAUACAAUACCGCCCCUCUGCAGAACUCUAUCCAAUCAUAGUUAGCCAGGACUGCGGCCAUGCUGAGACAGCCCGCGUGAUUGGCUCAUAUGGCAGUCAGGUGACCCACAUUAGCCAACCAGACCACUCGGACAUCCGGGUACGGCCGGAGCACAGGAAGUUCCAGGGUUACUAUAAGAUUGCCAGACACUACCGCUGGGCCCUCAACCAGGUGUUCAACACACUCUCUCACUCCACCGUGGUGAUCGUUGAAGAUGAUUUGGAGGUAAGUGAACAGUAACUGAAGUCCAUACACCUCUGUCUGCAUGCACUGUAAUUGAGGAAUGGAUUUAAAGUGCACCACAGUCUGAAUGUCUUGGACUCAUUGAUUAGAAGUGCCUGAGUUUCUGGUGACUUGUGGCUCAAUAGAAGUAUCUAGGAGCCUUGGAUGUGGCUCAAAGGAGUAUAUCUCCUGUUUUGUGUAGCGUGAGGCAGCUUGAUGUACAAGGACACUCCCUGGACAGGAAACUAGUGUAUCGCAGGGCAUUGGGUCCCAUUACUACAGCCUUUGGUAGGACUCGGCCGGAAAUCGAACUCCCAACCUUCCAAUCUCAGGGCGGACACGCUAACCACAAAGCCAGUUGGUCAGUAUAGUAUGUCUAUAAAGCAGCACUGGAUUCCUCACCUAGGCCUAAUUGAUGAAUCCAGUGCUGCUUUUUAGUUACACUCCAACAUCCAGCCCGACCCUGUGGCCUACAACAAAACAUCAAGUACUCCGUUUACAGCACUAAGCUUUAGACAACCCCCCCACCCCCCGCUCCCUGCAACAGGGGCAGAAUAUGCCUUCCGUCUGCCUGCUCUCCACGUUCCAUAGGUUUAGAUGGGAAGGUUACGUCAUUCCAUCAGACUCACAUUGACAUUUGGGAUAAUGAUGAUGAAAGUUGAUCCUAAAAUGUUCCUCGUUUGCACAGCACAUUCAUUGGGACAACCUGAAACAUAGUUUUGCCUUUUUUAUUAAGAUUUAUAUUAAUCUAGGGUAAUUACUAGUCUAGUGUGACCAGUGGUUAGCCACUUUGUUCUGUGAAGGUCCAGUAAUGCACAUCAACAAGACUCAUUUCAGGGAAGCCUCUAUAAGCGUCUGUAUACCAAAAUAACUUAGUCAAGCGUGCAUACAUCUUUAUUUUGUUGUUGUAUGGAUGGCCCCAGUGGGAAUCAAACCAACAACCCUGGCGUUACAAGCUCCAUGCUCUACCAAGAUGGCCAGAGAGGACCCGUUUGUCAUAUUUAGAUCACUAAACUGACCUCAAGCCAGUAGGUAAAUCAUGCCAAGAUGGCCAGAGAGGACCCGUUUGUCAUAUUUAGAUCACUAAACUGACCUCAAGCCAGUAGGUAAAUCAUGCCAAGAUGGCCAGAGAGGACCCGUUUGUCAUAUUUAGAUCACUAAACUGACCUCAAGCCAGUAGGGGAAUCAUGCCAAGAUGUCCAGGGAGGAGUGAGAGCGGUGCACAGUAGGAACAGAGAGAGGGAACAGGUCUUAAUCACAGUGUCCAGUUCAGUGGGCCGCUGUAAUCCUGGUUUGCGUUCCCAGAUGAACACAUUUUAACUGAUUUUAGUGGAUUUACCACGUUGACACCGAGCAGAGGGGCGUGAGGACAGAUCCUUCCCAUCCUGCACUGCCCCGCUCAUCCGCCAUCAAUUCAGACCAAGGCUACGUCCCAAAUGGCCCCCCCUAUAUACAGUGGGGGGGGGGAAAGUAUUUAGUCAGCCACCAAUUGUGCAAGUUCUCCCACUUAAAAAGAUGAGAGGCCUGUAAUUUUCAUCAUAGGUACACGUCAACUAUGACAGACAAAUUGAGGAAAAAAAAUCCAGAAAAUCACAUUGUAGGAUUUUUAAUGAAUUUAUUUGCAAAUGAUGGUGGAAAAUAAGUAUUUGGUCACCUACAAACAAGCAAGAUUUCUGGCUCUCACAGACCUGUAACUUCUUCUUUAAGAGGCUCCUCUGUCCUCCACUCGUUACCUGUAUUAAUGGCACCUGUUUGAACUUGUUAUCAGUAUAAAAGACACCUGUCCACUACCUCAAACAGUCACACUCCAAACUCCACUAUGGCCAAGACCAAAGAGCUGUCAAAGGACACCAGAAACAAAUUUGUAGACCUGCACCAGGCUGGGAAGACUGAAUCUGCAAUAAGUAAGCAGCUUGGUUUGAAGAAAUCAACUGUGGGAGCAAUUAUUAGGAAAUGGAAGACAUUCAAGACCACUGAUAAUCUCCCUCGAUCUGGGGCUCCACGCAAGAUCUCACCCCGUGGGGUCAAAAUGAUCACAAGAACGGUGAGCAAAAAUCCCAGAACCACACGGGGGGACCUAGUGAAUGACCUGCAGAGAGCUGGGAUCAAAGUAACAAAGCCUACCAUCAGUAACACACUACGCCGCCAGGGACUCAAAUCCUGCAGUGCAAGACGUGUCCCCCUGCUUAAGCCAGUACAUGUCCAGGCCCGUCUGAAGUUUGCUAGAGUGCAUUCGGAUGAUCCAGAAGAGGAUUGGGAGAAUGUCAUAUGGUCAGAUGAAACCAAAAUAUAACUUUUUGGUAAAAACCAACUCGUCGUGUUUGGAGGACAAAGAAUGCUGAGUUGCAUCCAAAGAACACCAUACCUACUGUGAAGCAUGGGGGUGGAAACAUCAUGCUUUGGGGCUGUUUUUCUGCAAAGGGACCAGGACGACUGAUCUGUGUAAAGGAAAGAAUGAAUGGUGCCAUGUAUCGUGAGAUUUUGAGUGAAAACCUCCUUCCAUCAGCAAGGGCAUUGAAGAUGAAACGUAGCUGGGUCUUUCAGCAUGACAAUGAUCCCAAACACACCGCCCGGGCAACGAAGGAGUGGCUUCGUAAGAAGCAUUUCAAGGUCCUGGAGUGGCCUAGCCAGUCUCCAGAUCUCAACCCCAUAGAAAAUCUUUGGAGGGAGUUGAAAGUCCGUGUUGCCCAGCGACAGCCCCAAAACAUCACUGCUCUAGAGGAGAUCUGCAUGGAGGAAUGGGCCAAAAUACCAGCAACAGUGUGUGAAAACCUUGUGAAGACUUACAGAAAACGUUUGACCUGUGUCAUUGCCAACAAAGGGUAUAUAACAAAGUAUUGAGAAACUUUAGUUAUUGACCAAAUACUUAUUUUCCACCAUAAUUUGCAAAUAAAUUCAUUAAAAAUCCUAAAAUGUGAUUUUCUGGAAAAAUAAUUCUCAAUUUGUCUGUCAUAGUUGACGUGUGCCUAUGAUGAAAUUACAGGCCUCUCUCAUCUUUUUAAGUGGGAGAACUUGCACAAUUGGUGGCUGACUAAAUACUUUUUUUCCCCCACUGUACUGCAGCACUACUUUUAAACAGGGUCCAUAGGGCUCUAGUCAAAAGUAGUGCACUAUAUAGGGGAUACAUGUGCCAUUUGGGAUGCAGGCCAAAUUAAACUGCCAGCUGGUUGAACAAAUUGUCUGGAAACAAACUGCAUCGGCAGAAUUCGUCGUGAGUUACAGGAAAUUAUCAAAACAACAGAGUUGCUGCCAUGAAUCACCAGUUAAAAGCUUCUAGGCUAAACUUUGCACCCCUAAAUCAAACAUUGAGAAACUGAGGGGGAAAAUGUACUGGGAAACAGUUACUUUUCUACAUAUUGUGACUACCAACCUGAAGACCCAUUUAUCAUGUUUGCUUUGGCUAGUCAUUUCGUGUUGACGUACUAUUGGCAUUGUAUUAAUCAGAAAGCCCAACAUUUUGGACCCUAUGGGUGGUUAUCAGGCAUGCUAAGUUCUUGUCCUUUUUUGUUAUUAGGCUUGCAUUGCAUGGAUUCAUACUGCAGAUGCAGUUUUCACAGCCAGUCGAUUGUUGACAAGAGCAGAAACAAACAUGUUUGGUAGUAUUGGUUAUUGUUUGGCAUUACAAUGAGUGACAGAGUUGACAUGAUGUCACAAACAGAUCUGGGACCUGACUACAGUUUUCAUAAUUGCAUGACAAAUAGUGAUGCAGGAUAUAUACUGAAUAAUUCCUUAUAACUGGAAGGAAGACAAGUUAUCCUACUGUAAAACUGAUCCAAAGCUUCUCUGUCCCGUCCAGGUGGCCCCUGACUUCUUUGAGUACUUCCGCGCCCUGCACCCCAUCUUGACCUCUGACCCCACCCUGUGGUGUGUGUCUGCCUGGAACGACAACGGCCGAGAUGGCCUGGUGGACCCUGGGAAGGCGGACCUCCUCUACAGGACAGACUUCUUCCCUGGGCUGGGCUGGAUGCUGUUGAAGGACGUCUGGGCCGAACUAGAGCCCAAGUGGCCCGCCGCCUUCUGGGACGACUGGAUGCGUCACCCCGAGCAGCGUAAAGAGCGCUCCUGCAUCCGCCCAGAGAUCUCCAGAACUAUAACCUUCGGACGCAAGGGUGUCAGCUUGGGUCAGUUCUUCGACCAGUACCUACGCUACAUUAAACUCAACACUGACUUUGUGCCUUUCACCAAACAGGAUCUGUCUUACUUGAUGAAGGAGAACUUCGAUGUGAACUUUGUGAAGGAGGUUUACAGCGCCCCCCUGGUUAAAGUAGAAGAGCUACAACAAGGGGGUGGUUUGACGCGAACGGGUCCGUACCGGGUGCAAUAUUCCAGCCGGGAGAGUUUUAAAGUCCUGGCCCGUAACUUAGGGGUUAUGGAUGACUUGAAAUCGGGGGUUCCCCGUGCAGGUUACAGGGGCGUGGUCAGCUUCCUGUCCCGUGGACGACGGGUCUUCUUGACCCCACCUGAGGGAUGGACAAAGUACGACGUCAGCUGGAGCUGAGAGGUUUGGACAGGACGUUAGUGUGAACGGUAUCGAAGACCGACUCGAGAGAGAGAGGAACACCCUCUCAAACCAAAGAAAACAAAAACAAGGUCACAUGAAGGAACUGAAACUAAACAAAACAGACAGGCUUGGUGGGUGGAAGGAUUGGAUAGAAGUAGGGUGGG